CAGGAAUUCGGGCAUCGUAUAUGCUAGUUAUGUAUGAGAGACCAAAUAAGAAUAAACACAAGUUAACUAUUACUUCUUUCUAUCAACUGCAUAAAUAUCAUUAUGAUUAUGAGCCCAUUUCUUACUAUAUGUGCAGCGCUUCUCUUUCUCAAUUCUGGUGUGGAGGCUUUGCAUUGUUUUGAGUGUAACAGUCAUAUAGAUAGUCGAUGUGCAGAAGGAAAUCUACCAGAUGCAUUGAAGAAAGAUUGUUCGGAGCACGUGGAAGGAGCAAAAUAUACGAUGUGUAGAAAAAUAAAACAAGUUAUUGAAUUUAGUGUCAAUGGAUUGCCAGCAGAUACUCGAGUCAUACGUAGCUGCGCCUGGGACGAAUCAAAUUACAAAGGGAAAUGUUAUCAAAGAGGAGGAUUUGGUGGACGUCAGGAAGUAUGUUCCUGUACAAAUGAUUUCUGCAAUAGUGGAUCAUCAAUUGCCAUUUCAGCUUAUAUGUUUAUCGCUUUAUUGUUAAAUUAUUUCUUCUUUAUCAUAGCGUGAAAACUAAAUCUUUCAAGCUUAAAAUAGAAAAACUUAUUCCAACAUAUUAAAAAAAAUAAUAAAAGCCUGAUUUAAAUACAUAGUUUAUAAAAAAUUUCAAUGAGCAACUAUAUUUGAAUAAUAUUCUUAUAAGAAGGUCAAAUGACAUAAAUGAUUAAAUAAAAAUUCAAAUGAAUAUACGACACGAA